AUGCCUGUCCCCCCUGGUGGCUGGGGUCCCAAUGGUCCGCCUCCGGGAAACCCCCCAUACCCACCGCCUCCCGGAUGGUACCCUCCACAAGGACCUGGUUUCGGCCCUGGCGGCCCUCAGUGGAACAACAACUUCUACCCGGGCCCGCCCCAGUUUGCCCCUGGACCCAACGGCCCACCUGGUCCCAACGGCCCCCCCAGCGGUCCUCGCGCUCCUGGCGCUCCUGGUCGCUCUCCGCAGCCGCAGCAACCUGCUGCAGGUGGCCCGGCACCUCCUACCCAGGCUGACAAGCCCAAAGGCCCUACCCCUGGUCCUGCGGAGCUGGAGCCGAAGUCUUUAGGUCAGCCACCCUCUGCUGCUAGCAGAGGUGCUCCGACUGGCCCGGGCGCCGACGUCCGCAAGGCGGUUCCGCCAACUGCACCCGUCGAGGCCCCUGCUGGCCCCGUGCCUACUGGCCCCAAGAAUGCGACCCGGAUAGCCCCGAUUGUCCCGCUCCCCGCUGGCCUGGUGAACAAGACGACGACGCAAACGACGACUGCCGCUGCUGUUUCCACCAAAACGACAGAGUCGGCACCAGGGGCCUCGAUUCAGUCUGCAACAGAGGCUGCCAAGGCCGCCGUCGCAAGAGCCAUGGCUGGUCUUGGCUCUGCUCAACCGCCGCAGGCCAGCCCUGCUGCUGCUGCCGGCGGAUCGUCGGCUCUGGACAACCUGACGCGCAAGGUCGACGAGAUGCGCAUGAAUGCUGCUGCCCAGGCAAACCAGGGCAACUACAGCAACAACACGAGUGGCCAUUACAGCAACCAGAACAACUACAAUGCCAGCCACCACAACUACAACAACAACCAGUACAGAGGACGCGGCCGUGGCGGUCACUACAGCGGUCCCCGCACGGCCAAAGUGGAGGUACCGGAUGCGGAGUUUGAUUUCGCCUCGGCCAACGCCAAGUUCAACAAAGACGACGUGGUCAAGGAGGCCAUUGCUGGCGGCAACUUUGAGGCGGACGUGAAUGCCGCUGCCACGACCGGUGUCUCGAGCGGACAAGCAUCGGAAUCGGGCGCCCCGGCCGAUGCGGAGGGGGGCGACGCGCCCGUGGCGUACAGCAAAACAAAAUCGUUCUUUGACAACAUAUCGAGUGAGGCCAAAGACCGUGCUGCUGCGGCCAGCAGCAACAGUGGCCGCCCGGGUGGUCCCCAGUGGCGGGGCGAAGAGCAGCGCAAGAACGUCGAGACGUUCGGUCAGGGCAGCGUCGACGGCGGCUACCGCAAUAACUACCGGGGUCGUGGCCGUGGCCGUGGCCGCGGUGGCUACAACCGGGGCCGUGGUGGUAACAACAGCGGCUACCGCCGUAACAAUGACUACAACAACCAGCAGCAACAGCCUCAGCCUCAGCCUCAGCAGCAGCAGCAGUAA